UUAAAAAUCAGUUGUAAUUUCGUUGUGGAAGAAACCUUCAGAAAUGGCAUCGUUACCAAUGAUCAUAGCUUGUUUGGCACUUUUCGGUGUCUGUAAUUUUGUGCAUUCAGUGACUUGGGGCGAAUUGGAUGAAAAGAUCGAACUAAACAAUAUCGGCGUCGUUCUCAGUGCCACCGCCAGCAAACCUGUACAUCAGAACUUGACGAAAACCGUCAAAGAGCCGAAAAACUUAACAAAAACCGUCGAUGAACCGAAAAACUUGACAAAAAACGUGCAAGAUGAAAACUUGAAAGUCGAUUUCAGUCCGCGAUUUUUACUAGAACCACGAGCCAAUACACCAUCAGCAUCAUCGCGAUCAACUGUCACUUAUAAACUUGGCAAGCGUGUCAGUGGCGAUCGUGUUGUUGCAUCUGAUUCACAAAUUCAACAAUGGACUGCUGCUCAAAAUGUUACACAAAACAUUACGUAUCCAAAAACGGGCGUCGGUUCAAUAAUAAGUUUUGUCGAAAUAGUAGUUGAACAAAGUACUAAUUUGGGUCGGGGCUAUGUGACAAGUGGAGGCGUUGGCCAACGUCAAAUUUCAAUCACCAUCGAAGCUCAAAGGACCACUUUGUUCCGACAAACAACACAAAUCUACGGUUAUUGAUCAAACACAUUCUUACCCCCGGGACCAGUUAUUACACUUUUUAAAAUGAUUCCACUGCACCAAUCAGUUCACUUGAAUUCAUGGGAUAAAAUUUCAUUAUUUAUAGAAUGUAAACAAUAAAAUGCACAUCAAGCAAUGAAA